CUCCUGUCUGCAGGGCCCUUCCCCUGUAGACAGGGGCUGUUGUCACCAGGCAGCCUCUGUUUGCGGGCGGCUGCAUGAGCAGCCCCUACCCGUGGCCAGCUCUGGCUUCUGCGAACGGGCUGGUCCAACACCAGCCCUUGUUCGCGGUGGACACAGCUGUCCACCACAAACAUGGGCUGGUGUACUCAGCGUGAGCUGGGACUGAGCAGUCCUGGCUAGCACUGAUCGCUGAGCCUCUGUUUUUUGAAAUAUAGGAAGAGCUCAGUGGCUCUUACUACAUUUAAAAUCCAGAGCUGCAGCCCAGGUGUCUCCGGAGCCAGCAUGAGCUAGGACUGCUUAUUCCUGGCUGGAGUGGGCUCCUUUAGUUACCCCCACUGUGGCUGUGCACAACAGCACUUAUCUACUAAUUGUAUAAUUGAUACAAAUUGUAUCGACUAUACAAUUAGCCAGAUAAUUGCAUUUUGACAUCUUUAUUUGGUGCUAUUGGAAAGUUGAACUGGUACUAUGCUGUUGCUGUCAAACAAUAUUUCCUUCUCGCAGUUAAUUAGAGGCACACUAUGCAGCUUAGCCCUGUAGUCCUGGAGUUUCAUGGGCUGUUUGGACUGGAUUAUGUCCCAUGCUUUUAAACUGAAUACAUAAAUAAUUAAAAAGGUACAGCUGUAGAUUGCAGAGCAACAAUGUUAAGAGUUCUAAGGAGACUUUCUGUGAAUGUCCUGAAAGCAUCAAGUGUGUGCAACAAGUGUAUAUGCUGCAGGUGGUCAAGAAUGAUCAUUGUAAAAAGAUUAAAAUCACAAGAAUGUCAUGAAAGAAACUACAGCUUUCCGCCAGUAGGAGAUGUCAAAUCUUUGCGUUCUAUCAUUACCCCUCCUAUAUCUAAAAUUCGUAACAUUGGCAUCAUGGCUCACAUAGAUGCUGGGAAAACGACAACCACUGAGAGAAUGUUAUAUUAUUCUGGAUACACAAGAGCACUGGGAGAUGUUGAUGAUGGGGACACAGUGACGGAUUUUAUGGCGCAAGAGCGAGAACGUGGUAUUACCAUUCAGUCUGCUGCUGUUACUUUUGAUUGGAAGGGCUAUAGAAUCAACCUGAUUGACACACCAGGUCAUGUGGAUUUUACAGUGGAAGUUGAACGUUCCCUGAGAGUGCUGGAUGGUGCAGUAGCUGUGUUUGAUGCUUCAGCUGGUGUGGAGGCACAGACUCUCACGGUGUGGAGACAAGCAGACAAGCAUCAUAUACCACGGAUUUGUUAUUUAAAUAAGAUGGACAAAAAUGGGGCAAGUUUUACCUAUGCUGUUGACAGCAUCAAGCAAAAGUUGAAGACAAAACCUUUGCUUUUACAGUUGCCAAUUGGUGAGGCCAAAGCCUUUAAGGGACUAGUUGAUGUAGUGACCAUGGAACAAAUUAUUUGGCACCCCACUUCUAAUCUGGAUGAUGGAAAGGUUUUUGAGCAAAAACCCUUGAUGGAAACCACUCACCCAGAAUUGUUCAAGGAAGUCAAAGAUACAAGAAAUGCCUUAAUAGAACAAGUUGCAGAUCUAGAUGAUGAAUUUGCGGAGCUGGUUCUAGGAGAUUUUAGUGAAAAUUUUGACUUACUUCCACCUGAUAAGUUACAGUCUGCAGUACGUAGAGUAACGCUGGCUCAGAAAGCAGUACCCGUGUUCUGUGGAAGUGCAUUGAAGAAUAAAGGAGUCCAGCCUUUACUGGAUGCUAUUACUAUGUAUUUACCAGCACCUAACGAGCGUUCCUAUGAUUUUCUGCCAUGGUACAAAGAUGAUUUGUGCGCCCUGGCAUUUAAAGUUCUUCAUGAUAAACAACGUGGGCCAUUAGUUUUUAUACGCAUUUACUCAGGCACAGUGAAACCACAGUCAGCUGUAUAUAACAUCAACAAAAAUUGCACAGAAAGAAUGAGUCGCCUUCUGCUGCCUUUUGCUGACCAGCAAAUAGAAAUACCUUCUCUAAUGGCUGGCAAUAUUGCCCUUACUGUUGGGCUAAAACAGAGUGCCACUGGAGAUACCAUAGUGUCAUCAAAGGCUUCUGCUGUGGCUGCAGCCCGUCGAGCUGGAAGAGAAGUUGGGAGAAAACCUGACAGUGAAAGUGAAGUAGACAACCUUGUAUUGGCUGGUGUAGAGAUCCCUGAGCCAGUUUUCUUUUGUACAAUAGAACCACCUUCGAUGGCCAAACAGCCAGACUUGAAUAAUGCCUUGAACUCCCUUCAGCGUGAAGAUCCAAGUUUGAAAGUGAAGAUCGAUCCUGACACUGGACAAACUAUUCUCUGUGGCAUGGGAGAGCUCCACAUUGAGAUUAUUCAUGACCGAAUCAAACGGGAAUAUGGCAUUGAGACCUAUCUAGGACCUCUUCAGAUAGCGUAUAGAGAAACCAUCCUAAACUCAGUCCAAGCCACAGAUACCUUGGACAGAACAAUAGGAGAUAAACGGCAUAUGGUCUCCAUACAGCUGGGAGUAAAACCCUGGGUAGGAGAGAGAUCGUUAAUAACACCACUCAUUGAAUAUACUGACAGUUUCAUUGAACCACUUGAAAAAGACAUUAAAGAAGCUAUAGAAAAUGGAAUUAAUUAUUCAUAUCUUCAAGGACCACUCCUGGGGUUCCCAGUUCAGGAUGUAGUAGUGACCUUGUAUUCCAUGACUGCACACUCUGAAACUUCCCUGCCAAUGAUUUCUGCUUGUGUUUCUCGUUGUAUGCAAAAGGCUUUGAAGAAAGCCAGUAAACAACUGCUGGAACCCCUAAUGAAUCUGGAAAUUACAGUGAGUGAAGAUCAUCUCACUGCAGUGCUUGGUGAUCUUGCACAGAGGAGAGGCAGCAUACAGGAAAUCCAAAGUCGGCAAGAUAACAAAGUAGUGGUUGCAGCUGUUCCACUAGCAGAAAUGAUGGGCUACUCAACAGUUCUGCGCUCUUUAACAUCAGGCUCAGCAACUUUUACUUUGGAACUUGCCAGCUACCAAGCCAUGAACAUUCAGGAGCAAAAUGUGCUGCUUCAGAAGAAAAGUGGAUUGGUGUGAUCACUUGACUCCAUAGGAGAACAUUAAAGAUCAGAUUCAUGCUUAGAAAAUAUAUGGGAAACUAUUUGCCAGGUUUUGGUGUACGUUGUUAGUGCUGUCUUAAAGUAACUUGCUUUGACUGUCCAGUGGAAGUGGCAAAGAAGUGUUGUGAGAUCCUGGAAUUGCCUGGUUUGCAUGGAGGCAGUUACAGGCGCUAACUGGAAUGGACUGUUUUGAUAUGCACCAUAUUCUGUACUGUACUUCACAUGCCCUAACAGUCAGAGCCGCUAUCUUCCUGGAAGAUAGCAUUUCAAAUCCUCCACAAGGAACAAUGAUGCCUCUUUCUGUGAAAGUGAGCACUACAUGCAACUUGAUGAAUCAUAUCAGAACUGUUUCACUUAAAGUAUGUAGGAAAAUUAGUUUUUAAAAUGUUACAUUUACUCAGAUGUGAAAUAUUAACUGUUAGUCAGUGUCUUCUAUUGAUCUAGCUUCAACUGAACAAUGAAAGCUGCUACUCUCAUUAAAGGGUUUUAAGCUGAACAAACAAGAAUUACUUGCCUUAAUGUUGGAAUGUUUUAUGAAACAGUAGCACAGACACAAGGUGAGUGGCCCUGUGUAAGUUUGUCUUUCACCAGCAGAAGUUGGUCCAAUGUUGCUUCACCCACCUUCUGUUUCUAAUAUGCUGGGACCAGUAUAGUUAUAACAAACUGUAGAUCAGGCAUCAUUGUUAAACUACUGAAACACAUUUAGAUAAAGAUAGAGUGCGGAAUAUUUUAUGUAAGACAAACUCCUUUGCUGGAAAGGGAGAAGUGUUGGUUAUGUGCAAAAUCUUUCCACAAGACCUGGGCCUCACUGUGAGCUUAUUCAAAGGAAAAAUUCUUUUUGCUGCUAGCAUUGUGUAGAAGUGCAAAGUCCAGCUUAUAUGAAUCUAUGACCCUUAACUAAACAAAUGAUUUUAGGGUAAUGUAUAUCAUAGCCAGUCAGCUCUGGAUCAGUACUUGGCUACCUGAAAUUUAGUCUUAAUCCAUAGGUUGCAAAGUACAGGAAUAUGUGAGGUAGUAGCUUGUAUUGUUAGCAUACUUUACAGCUGUAACAAAUUAAAUGAUUUAUCAAAUGUG